CCAGUGUGAGAGGGCUAGAAGGUGGCGGAACUGAUCUGAUGAGCAGUAGCGUCCUUGCCUUUAUUCUGGAGGUAUGCAUGGGCAUUGGCAUGGUGAGACAGGUGGAGAGAAGGUCUGCUUUUCGCAGAGCCAUGGUGCGCGUUUUCAGAGCCGAGCUUGCUGACAUCUUCGUUCUCGACCGCUUUCUCCGUGCCGCUGCCUGAAAUUGCGUGUCAUGUCUUUUCAGCAUACUGUAGUUGCUUCAGGGCAAAGCGCGGUGUGCGGAGAGCCGGAGUGAGAGGCGGGAGCCAAUCAGAGAACACAGGCUCUGUGUUGAGAACUUGAGCUGCACUGCGUGAACGAGAAGAGAGUAGCGGUAAUAUCGUCUGCAUGCAGUCCUGCGUCUGCCUCUUUCCAGGAUCGUCAUAGAUCCAGGGAGCGAAGUCCUUCGAGCUGACUGCUCCGUCCCUGUGUCCGCACGUAUUCUGUGCCCCUUGUUGUGUCUCUGAACCCCUAGUGUACUUUGGCUUGACACCCGACAUUCCAUUUCAGACACAUUUUGCUUCAUUGUAUUCGAGAACCUCGUCAACGAUGCCGGUGCACACGUCUCCCUCUUCGUCCUGUUGAUCGUUCUGGUCAUGUGACACCAGCUCAUUUGACGAAUAUGUGUCUUGCACCGCCCUUACAUUCCUGAACCUUUCCAGAUUGCUGGAGAGUUUCUUGUCUUGUGUCCAUGAACGUGAGCUUUUCUUCGUAGACUUACUCUCGUGGUAUACUGUCAAAGGAGUUGGCCGCCACUUUGCAUACCUCUCAUUGCAUUUGCUCCUUUCAAUCUUCGGGUGUCAAUCUGCAAGAUGGAGACCUUUCUAGCGCUUGUCGGUUAAGCUUCAGCACUGCAAGCCUCCAACAGCUCCUUGACAGUAUGACAAACUGCAAGCAAACAGAGAUUCUGAUUUAAAAUACGGCAUUCUGCGUGCCUUCCUGUAAACGUUCCAUGUGUUUUUCUCCUCAUAGUAAACCUGUGUCACAGAAAUGGCCGAGAUAAUUUGUUUGUCUCAGUGAUGCUCUUUACGAAGAAAUCUUCAGGCAAUUUUGCUCUCUUGCUGAGCAUACAGGUUCUGCUUCCAUUGGUAAUGCACUGCAUUCCAAUGAAGCUGGGCCUCUUUCUCUUUCGCUGCUGAGCACUUCUGGGUUCUUCAAAUAUUCAGUCCAGCCGCCAAAAUUUUUCUAAGUCGGGAAUGCAAUUUGGAGCUGGCCUGAAGGACGGACAAAUGAGCAGGUACAGCGAAAACCAUGAUAGCCGUGGCGAGAGGCCUCGAAAAGAGCCCUCUGACAAUGGAGGCUCUUUCCUUGGUAUGGGACAACAGGUAUAUCCAGGGCAUCCGAAUUCCCAACAGCCUCCUAAGUUCGACGAGGCGAUAGAGAUGGUCAGAUCGCAGCAGGAAAAAGACGUGGAUCGCGGUGUUGACAGUGCCGAGAACAAUGAAGCUGAGAAGAAGAAGAAAGAAAAGAAGCCGAGCGUGUCGUACUACAAGCUUUAUUCUUUCUCUGAUCCUUUUGACUGGCUGCUAAUUUUUUUGGGUACGGGCGGAGCCUGCGCGCAUGGAGCCGCAAUUCCCGUUUUCUUCAUAUUUUUCGGUAAACUUAUCGAUGCAUUUGGAGUUAACUACAAUCGCCCAGACCUCAUGGCAGAGGAAGUGAGAAAGUAUUCCCUGUACUUCGUCAUACUUGGAGGCGUUGUCAUGAUUGCCGCUUGGCUCGAGGUCGCCUGCUGGAUGUGGACAGGUGAAAGACAGUCCGCUAAAAUGAGGGCAAAGUAUCUGAAGGCAAUGCUUAGUCAGGACGUGGGUUUUUUCGAUACAGAUAUCACCACCGGUGAAAUUGUUAGCAGAAUCUCGAGUGAUACCAUUCUGGUUCAGGAAGCCAUCAGUGAAAAGGCUGGAAACUACGUACACUACAUGGCUAGGUUUGUCGCAGGAUUUGCAGUGGGAUUCACCUCUGUGUGGCAGCUCACACUGGUCACACUAGCAGUUGUACCUCUCAUUGCCGUGGCAGGAGGAGCCUAUGCUGUGACAAUGAUCGGACUAACCAGCAAAAGUCAAAAGGCCUACGCUAAAGCUGGAGAAAUAGCAGAGCAGGCCAUCGCCCAGAUUCGGACCGUGUACGCAUUUGUAGGAGAGGCGAGGUCGGUCGAAUCUUACUCAGAAGCACUUAAAACCACCUUGAAACUUGGGAGAAAGGGAGGGAUGGCUAAGGGUCUGGGAGUUGGGUUCACCUAUGGAUUACUAUUUGGAGCCUGGGCUCUUCUCCUGUGGUAUGCAAGUUUACUCGUUAUGGAUGGGAAAACCAACGGGGGCCAAGCAUUUACAACCAUUCUCAACGUCAUUAUCAGCGGGAUUGCACUUGGCCAGGCUGCGCCUAAUCUUACGACGUUUGGAAAGGGAAAGGCUGCGGGCUACAAUAUUUUGGAGAUGAUCAAGAGGAAGCCCGCAGUAAAUGCCAACUUUUUGGACGGACGAACGUUACCACAUGUCGAAGGACAAAUAGAACUGCGGGAUAUUACGUUCAGCUAUCCUUCACGUCCUGAUCAGAUGAUCUUUCAGAAUUUUAAUCUCACUAUCCCUGCAGGAGCCACUGUAGCGAUUGUGGGUAGCAGUGGGUCUGGGAAGAGCACAGUCAUAGCUCUAAUUGAGAGGUUCUACGACCCCAUAUCUGGUAGUAUAUUUCUCGACGGUGCCGACAUCCAGUCCUUACAACUGAAAUGGUUAAGAGAUCAGCUUGGACUCGUGAACCAAGAACCCGCGUUAUUUGCGACAACCAUUCUAAAUAACAUUUUAUAUGGGAAAGACGGUGCAACCAUGCAAGAGGUCGAAGAUGCGGCCAAAGCUGCCAAUGCUCACUCUUUCAUCAUGACUUUACCGGAAACUUAUGACACCCAGGUUGGUGAAAGAGGAGUCCAAAUGUCUGGGGGACAAAAGCAGCGUAUAGCUAUUGCCAGAGCGAUGUUGAAGCAUCCCUCUAUUUUGCUUCUAGAUGAAGCAACAAGUGCACUAGAUGCAGCAUCGGAAGGUGUGGUUCAGGAAGCCUUGGACUCUCUUAUGGUCGGCAGAACUACCAUCAUUGUGGCGCACCGCUUGUCCACCAUCCGCAAUGCAGACAUGAUUGCUGUGGUCAGGGAGGGCAAGAUUGUUGAAACUGGUACUCACGAUGAUCUUAUAGAGAAGAACGGUGCUUUCGCAAUGCUUGUAAAAUUGCAGGAGAGAGCGAAGUACCAACCCAAUCAGUCGAACAGGCACACCAAGAGUCAAAGUCAGAGUAGUUACGGAGAUGGACCUUCUGUGUCUUUCAAUUCCAGACACUCCUCUGGUCGACUCUCGAACCGAUGGAGCAAUAGGUGGAGCUUUCGGAAAGGACAGAGGAGUGGUAAUGACACGGAAUCAGAUGCCGGCGGUGAGAACGAGUUCGAAGAGCUGACUGCUCCCGAGCACGUUGUGCCAAAGCCAUCGUUGUGGCGGCUUUUCAGACUCAACUCCCCAGAGUGGCCAUACGCCGUACUUGGGACUCUCGGUGCUAUCAUGGCUGGUGGAGAAACUCCACUUUUCGCGCUUGCCAUCACUCAGAUGCUCAUCACUUUUUAUAAUCCUGAUCAAGACUUUAUCAAGAGUGAAGUACGAAGAAUCUGCACAAUUUUUAGUGCCGCAACAGUUGUGACGGUUCUUAUCUACAUUCUGCAGCAUUACUACUACGGAAUUAUGGGAGAGCGCCUAACUAUGCGUGUCAGAGAAAUGAUGUUCAAAUCUAUCCUUACUUUCGAAAUAGGAUGGUUCGAUUACGAUGAAAAUAACAGCAGUUUGGUGGCAUCUCGACUCGCGUCAGACGCAACCCUGGUCAGAGCUGCAGUCGGUGAUCGAUUGUCCACGAUAGCUCAAAACUUGGCUUUAGUGACCACAGCCUUCGUGAUUGCCUUUGUUCUCUGCUGGAAGGUUACGUUUGUCAUAUUGGCCACAUUUCCUUGCCUCAUUGGGGCUGCUAUUGCAGAGCAACUCUUCUUGAAGGGCUUUGGCGCGGAUUUGGCCAAGGCCUAUGCUCGGGCUAGCAUGGUCGCUGGUGAAGCAGUGGGAAACAUCCGAACAGUUGCUGCUUUCUGUGCUGAGGAGAAGGUGCUUGAACUCUUCCAAUUCGAGUUAGCCCAACCUGCUAAGAAGUCCAUUAUGCGUGGACAAAUCGCUGGAUUCGGAUAUGGAUUCUCCCAAUUCACCAUGUACAGUUCUUACGGUUUAGCCUUCUGGUAUGCGUCAAAACUGGUGGCCAGCGGUGAAGCGAAAUUCGGGGACAUCAUGAAAACUUUCAUGGUGCUGGUCAUUACUGCCUUCGGCGUCGCAGAGACCCUGGCUCUUGCACCGGAUAUCGUGAAGGGCUCUCACGCCGUUGUCUCAGUAUUCCAGGUCCUGGAUCGUCAGACUGAAAUUGAUCCCGAGGAUCCGAAUGCAGAAGAGGUGGUUCACAUUACAGGAGAUAUAGAGUUGAAGCACGUCGACUUCGCCUAUCCUUCCAGACCGGAUGUUCAAAUUUUUAAGGACUUCCGACUGAAGGUGAAGUCAGGGCAGAGCUUGGCUUUAGUCGGAGCUAGUGGUUCAGGAAAGAGCUCCAUAAUAUCCUUGAUAGCCAGAUUUUAUGACCCUUCAGCAGGAAAGGUGCUUAUCGACGGAGUGGACAUAAAAAAGCUGCGAUUGCGUUCAUUACGACGCCACAUCGGGCUCGUGCAACAAGAGCCUGCUCUCUUUGCCACUACGAUAUACGGCAACAUACUCUACGGGAAGGAUUCGGCAGGCGAAAGCGAGGUGAUUGAAGCUUCCAAGUCAGCUAACGCGCACACUUUCAUAAGUGGCCUUCCCAGUGGUUACCAAACCGAUGUCGGAGAGAGAGGAGUCCAGCUUUCGGGAGGACAAAAACAAAGAGUAGCCAUAGCUCGUGCGGUGCUGAAGAACCCGGCUAUCUUACUCCUGGACGAGGCUACGAGUGCGUUGGAUGCCCAGUCUGAGAAAGUAGUCCAAGAUGCUCUGGAUAGGCUGAUGCGUGGUCGUACGACCGUGAUGAUUGCUCAUAGGUUAUCCACCAUUAAGAAUGCGGACGUGAUCGCAGUAGUGGACGGCGGGCACAUAGUGGAAUUAGGAAACCACGAUUACCUGAUGAACAAAUCUGGCGGUAUCUAUGCUCAGUUAGUGAAUAUGCAACAGAAUACCGACACCGAGAGGUGACGGAGGUGACUAGGUGGAGAGUCAACAAGAAUCUCCAACGGAGCUUUGAAGAAUGCUGUCCUUGUGCGGGACGAUCGACCACUGAGUAUCUCGGGAAGUCACGAUGCCCAUAUCGUUGUUUAUCCAGGAAAGUUUGUAUCAUCUUUUGCAGAGGAGAUAUGGAAGGAAGCUGCACUCCCCUUUUAAAUAACAGAUCUAAGACGGACGGACGGGGGUUAGUUAAGGACGCGGAAGACCGGCAAUUUUAUUGACCAAUCAUCGAGAAAUACGAGGGUCUUCGGAGAUGUGGGUUAAUGUAGUUCUGUCAAGCUUUCAGCUUUAUUGCAGAGAAGUGUGCUUCCAUCAAGAGCUCCUCUCUUUGGGUCAGAACUACUUUAACCCACUAGAUUUUACACCUCAGUCACAUAGCACGUGACCGUUCCAGUGACGAGAAGAAGAUGUCGUGUUCCGUCUUUCCUGGAUGGUCAUUACGAGCUUUACACAGCCAGGCCUGCGGUGAUUAGAUAGGUUCGAUCGAAUUGAUUGGGCUCCUCGGGCCUGAGUCCUGUACUCGCAAAGAGCUAGAAGCACAGGAAUCUUACAUUCAAGCCAUUGCUAUUGUAACAGUCACCACAGUUUGUAUAUGCCAGUCAACUGGAAAUGAAUUCUACUCUUAACAACGGGCAGUGUUCUUAUGCUGUCAUC